UGGCCGGUCCCCGCGCACGCUCGGAACCAGCGGGCCCGCGGCGCCUCCUGGCAACCGGACGCCGGCCUCGGCCUCGGGAGCGGGGAGGCCGCAAUGGACCCGCCAGUCAUCGCCGUCACCUCCACCUCAAAACUAACUCGGAAGACGUCAUCUUUUGAAAGAGAAGGAUGGUGGAGAAUAACAUUAACAAAUACUCCUAUCCCUGGCACUUACCACUUGAAAACUUUUAUUGAAGAAUCCCUGUUAAAUCCAGUGAUAACAACCUACAAUUUUAAAAACGAAGGAAGGCGAAAACCACCUCUUGUGCAAAGAAACAAUCCGGUACUAAAUGACCUUCCCCAGUACAUGCCUCCUGACUUCCUGGACUUGUUAAAGAAGCAAGUGGCCACUUACUCCUUUAAAGACACACCGCGGCCAAGCCCCAGCACGCUGGUUUACAAAGAUAAGUCGGUUAAGCUUUCACCAGGGCAGUACGAGCUACUUCCUGCACCAGUUCCCAAGUACGCUUCCAGGAGCUUUGUAUUUCGUUCUUCAGUUCAACGAUUUCCAACAGGCUGCUUCACUCCUCGCGAAGGCCCAGGACCAGGUCAUUAUAACUUGAAAAUACCUCCAGCAAAUUCUAUUACUUCUUGUUUUCAAUCCAGAGUACCUCGAUUCUUGCCCACCUGUUCAAAAACCCCGGGCCCAGGAGCAUACGCAUCUUCAGCACAAUUCCCCAAGCAGCCCCGGACCAUAGCCAGAAUGGGCCGGGAACAUUGCUUUUUCUUCAACAACACCAUUGGCUUUUAAAAUUAAGCCAUCUUGGUCCUAAACUACUUUGAAUUUUAGCAAGUUCUUAUGUUUAGAAAACUCUGUUUGGUUUAUUUAGGAGGGUUUGACCACAGAACAUAAUCGAUUGCCCAGGGUGACCAUCCAGCCCACUUAUCUGGAAUAGUCCCAGCAUAAUUUCCAAUUCACUCUCAAAAGUGUCCUGGUUUGGA